CGCCAAAGACAUGAUCCUCAUCGUAGACGGGAUGAAUUACAUCAAGGAUUUCAGGUAUCAACUGUAUUGCAAGGCCCGAGAGGUUGGAGUAAGGGUCGCUACGGUCUACGUACUUGCCACGCCUGAUCAAUGUCGGAAAUGGAACGAUGAACCAGGAGAUGGCAAGGAAUAUAAACCUCAAACAGCCCUCAUUCAUGGUCCGCUGGGACGCUCCACUCUUUACCAUCCCCUGGGAUGACCCAACACGCCCACUCGAAUGCAUAUAAGAUGCAGUCACAACUGGCAUCGUCAAACCUCCAAACGUCGGCACCCAGAUCACGCCAAAAGCACACACAGACGCCCUCCGCACUCUGGAGCAUACGACAAACGCAC